CUCCCCAUCUCACUCAUCUCUCCUCCGCUCGCCUCCUUCCUCUUCCUCAUCCGCCGACACAUCUCACCUCUCCCGCCGCCCUCCUCUUCCUCCUCCUCUUCCCACGUCGCGCCUCGCUCUCCUCCGUUCCUACACCCCCCACGCCCCCACCUUUCCUUCCACUCACACAUGCCGAUUGGCAGACAAGGACGGAGGAAAGAGCGGCGGUCAGCAAACACUCUGCUGGCGUGGUGGCGGCGGUGGUAGCGGUGGUCCGGCUUCUUGACACCGAGCGCAGCUGAGGAAGAGGACGCAGCCAUGGAGCACAGCCACAUCUUCCCUGUGCCCCCCCCAAAUGAGAGCAGCUGGAGCGCCGGGCAGCAUCCCUCAGAGGUGGCCCCGGGGUGCCCCCUCGGACCCCUGCCUGUCAUCUACUACAGCGUCCUGCUGUGUCUGGGCCUGCCUGCCAACAUCCUGACGGUGGUCAUCCUGUCCCAGCUGGUGCUGCGUCGUCAGAAGUCGUCCUACAACUAUCUCCUGGCGCUGGCGGCCGCCGACAUCCUGGUCCUGCUCCUCAUCGUGUUUGUCGACUUCAUACUGGAGGAUUUCAUUUUGGCCACGCCCCUGCCUCCGUCCAUCAACAGUGCGGUGCAGGUGUUGGAGUUCUGCUCCAUCCACACGUCCAUCUGGAUCACCGUGCCUCUCACCGUCGACCGCUACAUCGCCGUGUGCCACCCGCUGCGCUACCACACCGUCUCCUACCCGGCCCGCACUCGCAGGGUGAUAAUCGCCGUCUACAUCGGGUGCCUGCUCUCCGCGGCGCCGUACUACUGGUGGCCUGAGCUGUGGCACAGCUUGCCCGUCAUGUCGAACGGCGGCGCGAGUGAGAGCGGCAGAACCGCGGCCCAGCACGUGCUAGUGUGGGCCCACUGCGCCACCAUCUACCUCCUCCCCUGCACUGUCUUCUUCUCCCUCAACGCCGUCAUCGUGCGCAAGCUACGCCGCCGCCGCAGCUGCUUCCGCAUGCGCGGCUACUCCACCGGCAAGACCACCGCCAUCCUCCUCGCCAUCACCUCCAUUUUCGCCGUGCUGUGGGCGCCGCGCACCCUCAUGAUCCUCUACCACUUCUACUCCUCGCCUCCGGCCUCGCCGGGCGCCGGCCGCCUGCUGCACAUGCUGACGGACUUGGCCAACAUGCUGGCUUUGCUCAACACCGGCGUCAACUUCUUCCUCUACUGUUUCAUCAGCAAGCGCUUCAGGGGCAUGGCGGCCAACGUGCUGCAAGCGCUGGUCCACUGCCGGAAGCAACCGCAGCCGUUCUACGCCAGCCACAACUUCUCCAUCACAAGCAGCCCCUGGAUCUCACCUGCCAACUCCCACUGCAUCAAGAUGCUGGUCUACCAGUACGACAAAAACGGGAAGCCCAUCUGUAUUUCCUCUUAAGGGCUCCACCACCUGUAGCGCCUCCCCUCCGAAUGUUGAAUCGUCGGGGGACACGUGAUGGCGCCCCGGCCACCAGCCUUGCCUGCAUGGGACUGUUUGAGGCAUGAAAAAGGGCGACAGCGGCGGCACUUUGAGCCCAAACAAAGCGGCACCAAACAUAAGAAAACAGAUCUCCGAACCAGUAUCACCGUGCAAAAAAAUAAAAAUCCAGUAUGUAAUGAAGAACGCAGAUGAACAACCGCCCCCAUCUAGGCUUUAUGGGAUGCCAGCUGUACCAGUCUGAUGGGGAGAGCGAGGCGAUGGUGACACAAGUUCGCUGGUGAAAUCACACCACAGUAACUCCAACAUCUGCUACUUUGUGUGCCGGAGCUCGUUUUCGUUUCAGGCACUGAACUCGAUCCGCGCAUCCCCUGAUGACGACGUGUCCCGCCAUUAUCCUCUCCUGACUCGUAGUCUAGAACUCUUCAUAUCCACACGCCGUCUGGUGCUCCAAGCUUGCUGUGAGAUGAGUAGACACUCUGUGUGUUGUUGCUCAAGUGUGUACUCGUGCUAGACUGUUAAGCGUAGCGUCACGCGACAAUGUUACACAGCGACACAGUGGCUCUGAGCUAGUAAUCGUUUCUCCAGUAUUAGGAAGAGGAAAUUUCUGCCGUUAGUAGAUAGUCCUCUAUCAGCUAAUAAUGGCACUAGAUGAUUUACUGUUAGCCAUGACCUGCUAACCCUUUAUCAGCUGCAGAAUGAGGAAAAAGGGCAAAAGACUUUCCACCAAGUACCCUAGUGGCCCGGAUAUACGAAUGUUCGUAUAUAGAAGUCUUUUUCCGUCUGAAAAAGACAGGUUGUCUUAUAUUAAGGGUCUAAAGGUUUAUACAUACAAACCAUUGUAUAUAGGAUAUAUUUCUAUAUAUUUACUGUAUGUGUGCUCUUUGCUGUGAGGCUGCCUUCACACUUGUGUUUCGCUUCUGAGUUUAAAAGAAGAUGCUUCGCUCAGCGUUCCCACAGGUAUUUUCAUCACGUGACCAAAGGCUGCAGACCUAACAUACCGUAUUUUCCAGACUAAAUGUGGCUCCGGGGUACACCUGGCAAAAAGUGCAUGAUGACGAGGAAACAAACAUACACAGCCGUCCCUUGAUACAUCGCACCCUCGCUCUGUCGCAGGGUUUCAAAAAUUCAUGACUAAAUGAUUGCUGAUUCAUGGCUGACUACGGUCUAUUAUUAGUCAGAAAAUAUUGAAAGACGAGUUAUGUGUCCGAUUCUGGUCACAACAUUGAUUGUCAGCCAUGGAUGCAGAGUGAAAGUCUGUGUGGAAGUGGUACAUCUUUGGCUUUGUACUUUGUCCCUUUCCCCACUCUAAGCCUUUCUUAAGUUCAGAAUGAAUACACUGAAGGCUAACUAGCUGGCUCGGUAGCUUAAACGAGCGUCGUCCGUCUCUUGUGUCCCUGCUGUGAUCCCGUUGCCUGCGCUCAAAGUUAUGUCAUAGUGAGAAUGGCUGACAGACUGAUGUUGAUGCCAUGUGGUCGACCUGCAUUGUACGCAUAUACAACAAGAAACGUUCCUAAUUCUAUCGCUUAUCAUGUCUAUUAUACAAGGUCAUCGGAGUAUAAAGGUGACUACAGGGGUGUUAUUUCAUGUCUGCAGGGCUCUAAUAAUAUUAAAAAACAUUUUUGGAAGGUCAUGAACAGGUUUUCUAUGCUUUACCUAUGAAAAUAUUCCAUUUAUUAACAUUGAAUUCACUUAUGGCGAUAGGGUCUGGAACCAAUUAACCGCCAUAAACAAGAGACAACCGUACAGUGGAACCUUGGUUAGUGUCAUUAUUUCUUUCCAGAAGGGCCUCCGCUAACCGAAAUGGAUGCUAAUUGAAUCAGUUUUUCGCAUACGAAAUCGUGUAAAUCCAAUCCAAUUAAUCCCUUCCAGAAAGCCAAAAAUGCUAACACAAAACACAUUUUUAUAGUUUUACAGUUAUGGUUUUACAUGCAGUAAACCAGGAGUCCCCAACCACCGGUACCGCUCCAAAAUUCUGCUUUGGUUUAUGUACAUUUUUGUACAUUUUCCAGUUCCUGUUUGUUGUGUUACUAAUAAAUACACUGCAUGAGUCCAACUGUGUUCUUAUGUCCUCGUUAGCAUCCUAUUAGCCUGCUAAUACAUGGAAUCAGGAAGCGGAAGUCGGCUCUGUCGCCCGUCUGUGACGUCAUCAGCAGUUGACUCUGCAGCUCUUUGCUAGCUAACACAGUUACGCCACAAGUCUCUGCUUUUCUUAUUGAUCACGGCUGCAAAAUAUGCCAACGUGGAGCCACAGAAAGUUGAAAGUGGCAGCAUUUUGAUCAAGAAGGUGAGAAACACAAUUGAUUAGGGGUGUCACAAGAUCUCGGAGAUUCAAACAUGACAAGAUUUCUCGUUCAGGAAAAAGUCUUGUGGGCCCUCGGCCUGGGACGCUAAUAAAUUCAUUCAUCAAUCACACAAUACAUGAAAAUCAACUGGAUCCUUUUGCCGGCCUCGGUAUAUUGCCAUGUGCACGCGUGUCUGUUUUACUCGUCUCUCGCCUCCAAACAGGCAGGAAGAGGAUUCACUCUCUGCACCUUGUCGUGAUUGUUCCAUAAAACAAUGGCAUGAACGGAGUGAGCCCUUUUGUCAGUCUGUUUGUCUCGAGUUUUCUGCAUGUAAAAAUAUAAUUUUGUGUUAAUAUUUGUGGCUGAUUUCUUAUGGGAAAAAUUGAUUUGGUUGGAGUUGGUCCUUCUGGAACAGAUUAAUGAUGCUGAGCUAGGGGCUACUGUAUUAGACAUACAGUAAUAACAGAAAAUAAGUUUUAACAUGAUUAGAGCCCUCUGGACAUGAAAUAACACCCCUACAAUCACCUUUACACAUCUACAACCCAACAUAGUAGGCAUAAUACGUCAAAAUAAGACACUAAAAAAAACUGUUUACCACCUUCUAAAUACGCUUUUUAACGUUAUUAGAGCCCUCUGGACAUGAAAUAACACCCCUACAGUCACCUUUACACUCUUAUUACCCAAUAUAGCAGACAUAAUAAGUGAAAAUAAGACACAUAAGACGUAGAAAACCUGUUUACCACCUUCUAAAUGAAAACAAGAUUGAUUAUGUGUUCAAGAAUAUGUUUCCCAGAACGGUUCCUGAAGUGGAGGUGCCAUCGGGUAAUACAGUAUGGUCCGGUGACUUUUUGCGUCAUCAUCCUCGGGAAGGGGAACACACAGAAGUACACAACAUGUGCCGUAAAGAUACUGCAAGCUGAGCUGGAGUGUACUGCUUGGUGGAAACGUAGCUUUUUAAAGACUGGUGUUGGUUUCUCCCAAGCAUGCGUUUCCUGUCUCCAAAGAUCCAGCAGUGACUUUGGUCUCAGGGCCACAUUGAAUCUUCGCCUCAUUUUGUCCUCCCGAGCAAUGGAAGCUGAGACAUAUUGAUGGACAGCCACGGACAUCAGCGUCUGUCCCUGCAUGCCAGAAUCUCGUCCGGUGUCAUAAAAGUCAACACUUUGCCAUGCGAAUCCUUCCAGCAGACACCUUGGGGCGCUGCCAAAAUAAUACCUGCCUGCAGGGAUUGGACACAUCCUGCCUUUUUUUAUUUCUUUAUUUAUUUCAUGGACAACACCCCCAGGCUUAUGAAUGUUUGACGCUUCUGUGAUGGGACAUCUCUGUCCUGGCUGCUCAGUGCAAUAUGGCUAGUUGGGCCACGGCAAUGAAAGACUCUUCAACUCGGGAGCAACACGUCGGCAGAAGGACAAUCUCCCAUGCCGUGCUAAAGACCAACAGUCGGGCUGGUGCGGUCCCGCCGUGUCUUUCCAUCAAAGAUAACGACUCCCCUGUUUCUCUUCAGGUGUGCGUGGGGACGGAUGAGGGGCUCGGCCAUUUCAAUUCCCCCGUCUUUGUUCGACACAAAUUGAUUUUCCACCAAAUUGCAAAGCGAAUGAAGGAGUUUGGAUUGCCACCUGCUCCUCUGCAUCCCCGUGUUGUCCUGCUCCACUUCCACACACUCACCCCCCCCACUCCACUCUUUGCUUCCACGACAUGUCAGACGCUCCUGCUCAGACGUCUUCUGACAGACGUACUCUUCAGCGCAGGAAAGCAACGUCAUACAUUCUUACUUGACAAACAAUUCAUCCAAUUGGAACUUUUUUUUUUUUUACCCUACCAUUUUCAAAAUCACAGUAAUCCCUCGUUUAUCGCAGUUAAUUGGUUCCAGACCUAACCGUGAUAAGUGAAUUUUUGCCAAGUAGGAUUCCUUAUUAAUAAAUUGAGUAUUUUGGUAGUUAGAGCAUAGAAAACCUGUUUACCACCUUCUAAAUGCAUUUUUUAACAUGAUUAGAGCACUCUAGGCAUGAAAUAACACCCCUAUAGUCACCUUUACACUCCUAUUACCCAAUAUAGUAGACAUAAUAAGAGAAAAUAAGACACAAAUAAGAUUUGUGUUGCUGUAAUGUGUUCGAGAGCUGAGGGUGGGGGGGUGGAGACAAGCUUUCCUGUUCCUGCGCAGAACAAAAGCAUUUCCUUCCCUACUGAAUUCUGGCUGUUGAAGAUUAUUCGAUAGAGGCGAAGGACCAAAAAAAUCAAAAGGCAGUCCCGGUUCGGUGAGCACCGGGACUUCCAGUCCAUCAAAGUCACAGCAAAGCAGCGGGUCGUUGCAUUUCAUUUAGCGAAACGGAGCAAUGCGUCGUGCGCUUCAGUCGAUGUCGCCUAAUGAUUUUAUUUUUUUUUACCUGAUCAUUAAAAAUUAAGAUCACAUGAGGGGGGGGAAAUGUCUGGCUAAGCCUGAGGAGCUCCCAGUGGACCAACGUGCUCAUGAUGACAUUUGUAGCAACACGUGCCGUCAUCGCUGCUGUUUGGGCCAUGUUAAUGUGACAUUUGCGUGAGGGGGGCAUGCUGGGAAACACAAAGGAUGAGCAGGUGGGGGGGUGUCACAUGCAGGAGCACCAAAUAUUCCCCAUAACGAGGCUGUGUAAUAUUUUCUUCAUCUAUCAGUCAGAGAGGAAAUGAGUUCUACUUCCUGCUCCUGCGUGUGCGUGGUAGACAGAAGCUUUAACGAUGCCAGUGCCAUAGGAAUGUAUUCAAUCAAACAUAACAUGCAGCACAGUAUUGUACAAAAAGAAUAAUAACAACAACGUAUUUGUGAAUGUACAACUUUCUGAUUGUGAUUUUCUACUCACAUUUUCUGUGUUUUUAGUGAUUACAGGCUUGCAUAAUUAACUGUUUCCUCCUAACGAUGAAUGUAUUAUUGACCUCAAGACCUUGUAUUUAUUGUGACGUGGGAAAGUAUGCAGAAAAGCUCAUAUUUUUAUUGACGAAAUAAAGACGAGUAGCUUGAA